AUGGGAAACCAAAACACUAUUCAAUACGCCAGACUUAUCGAGGGCACAGAGAAACCAGGACACACAGCUGAGCUUGUUUCAGUUGACGUUCAAGACCCAACAAAACUUGUUGAGAGACCAGCAGAUGAUGUGACAACCUUGCUAGAAGCAUUCAAGAGAUCUGCCAAGAGGGCACCCGACACUAACUACCUCGGAACAAGAGACGAAAAGGCAGAAGGUAGACCUUACAAAUGGAGAACAUGGAGUGAGAUUGACGAAAUCACUACUAGCUAUGCACUAGCUGUGAAGGACUUAGGAAUGGUUCCAGAGAUUCACGAAGAAAACCAAACUUGGAAAUUUAUGGGCAUCUAUGCCAAGAAUAGAGAAGAAUGGGCAAUCACAAACAUUUCUAACUUCAAGAAUUCAGUAGUCACUGUUGCUUUCUACGACACCUUAGGACCUCAAGCAGUUGAGUUUGUUCUCAGACAAACCACUCUCACCUCAGUUUCAAGUGCGGGCCAAUAUGUUGCUGGACUCAUUAAGCUUAAGAAAGAUGGUAAAGCUAACUCACUCCAAAACAUCGUUUCUUUUGAUGAAGUUAGUCAAGAUAUCAUAAACUAGGGAGAACAAGUAGGCAUCAAAGUUCACAAGUUUUGGGAUGUUGUAGAGCAUGGCAGAAAUGCCAAGAAUAGACUUAGUGAAGACUAACUUGAAAAGCCAAAGCCAGAGAGUGUGUACAUGUUCUCUUACACUUCAGGUACCACUGGUGAUCCUAAGGCUGUUGUCUCAAGGCACAGUAACUAUUUGUCAGCUGCAACUGCUGCUAGUGAAGGUGUGAAAGAAUUUAACUAGGAUGCAAUCUUCAUUUCUUAUCUUCCACUUGCUCACUCACUCGAGUAAGCUCUCUUCUCAGUGGCCCUUAUCUAGACUUGCAGAAUCGGCUAUUACUCUGGUGAUCCUCUCAAGCUUCUUGAUGAUAUGCAAACUCUUAAGCCAACUCUCUUCCCAUCUGUCCCUAGACUCUACUCUAAGAUUUACGACAGAAUCAUGGCAGGAGUGAAGGAGAAGUCAGCAGCUCAACAAUGGAUCUUCAACAGAGCUGUACAAUCAAAGCUCCACUAUCUCUAGCAAGAUGGUUCACUUACUCAUAAAUUCUAUGAUACUGUUGUAUUCAAGAAGCUCAGAGAUUUACUUGGAGGUAAUGUGAAUCUGAUGGUUACCGGUAGCGCUCCAAUCGCAGCUGAGGUUCUUAACACCCUCAAGGUUAUAUUCUGUGCUCCUAUUAGAGAAGGUUACGGACAAACAGAAACUUCUGCACCAGCUACACUUACCCACCCAUACGACCCAGUUUCUGGUCACGUUGGUGGCCCCAUUCCCAGUGUUAAAAUUAGACUAAGAGACAUCCCAGAAAUGGAGUAUCUCUCUACCGACUAACCAUUCCCAAGAGGUGAGGUCUGCUUUAAGGGACCAAGUAUCUUUACAGGUUACUUCAAGGCUGAUGAUAAGACUAGUGAAGCUUUUGAUGCUGAUGGAUGGCUCAGAAGUGGAGAUGUUGGACUCCUUUACCCUAAUGGUUCUAUUAAAAUCAUUGAUAGAGCAAAGAACAUCUUCAAGCUAUCUCAAGGAGAGUACAUUGCUCCAGAAAAACUUGAGAAUGUCUAUAUUUAGAGCCCAUUCAUUGCAUAAAUCUUUGUCUAUGGUGAUUCACUCUAAGCCUAUCUUGUUGCAAUUAUUGUUGUUGAGCCCUCUACUCUUAAGAAAUGGGCAGCUGAGAACAGUUUAGAUACUGAAAACCUAAAGCAACACUUGACCAAUGACGCUCUAACCAAGGCUAUCCUUGCUGAUAUGAACAAACUCGCAGUUGAAAACAAAUUCAACUCCCUUGAGAAGAUUAAAUUUAUCCAUUUGACUCUGGAAUAGAUGACUCAAGAGAAUGACUUGCUUACCCCAACAAUGAAAAUCAAGAGAAACAUUGCUAAAAAGGUCUAUGAUAAAGAAAUAACUGAGCUCUACUCAAGACCCCUCUGA